AUGUACAAGUCAAUUUCUUCAUCAUCAACAGUUCCUCCAAGAGUGGCAUCUCAUUUAUUACGGAACACAACAUUUGCAAUUUUAUCCGGAGUUGAUAGUGUGGUUUUCUGCAUAUUGGGAAGACUUCGAGGAAAGGAUGAUGCCAUUAAUGCUGGGGUAGCUGGAUGCUGCGCUGGUCUUGCUACAAGUUUUCCUGGUACACCCCAAUCACUUCUACAGAGCUGCAUUGCUUAUGGGGCACUUUCUUUUAUCAUUGAAGGGUUAACCAAGCAACGAUCUGCACUUGCAUGUCCCAUGUCCAAGAAAACAAGUGUACGCAACCAGGGUAUAAUUCCUACAUCUCAUUGAGAAGGGUAUAUUGCCUUUUAUGCAUCAUUAAUAUAAGGUUAAGGUGUAUAGCAUAUGCACCUUUCUUUUGCCUUCUUUGUAGCUUUCUUGUAGUCUUUAUGGAAACUUUUAGAAAUAAUAUAAGGGUGAGACACAUUGUAACAUGGAAUGUGCUAAAUCAUAGCAUGUUGAUUACACAAUGUUCUUUAUGUGAUUUUUUGUA